AUGGAUCCCGUAUUCAUCCAAGUCGAUGUGUAUUUCCAAGGAAUCUUCACAAAAUACCCCAUACACUACACCGGGGGGAUUACAGAGAUUGAGACAGGCCAUUUGGAUAAGGAUGGUGAUGAAGAUGAAGAUGAGGAUGAGGAUGAAGAUGAGGAUGACCAUGGGGCUAAGGAUGUCGAUGCUGAUGAAGAUGAGGAUGACCAUAACAACCCCCAUUUUUUCAAAAAGGAUAAUGGCCCUGAUGUUGACAUGGAUGAGAAUGCAGGUUUGGGUGACCCUUUGGAAGAAGCCAUGUAUGAAAAUGAAGAUGUUUAUCCUAAGUUGCCAAAUAUUUUCAAUGAAAAGAUGCAUUGGAAGGAGCAGGAACCUGUGUUAGGUAUGAGGUUUGAGAGUCCUAAACAAUUGAAACACAUGCUCUGUAACUAUGCUGUUGCAAAUGGUUAUCAAAUAUGUUUGGUGUAA